UGAUGGUGCAUCAUUUUUUGAUAUUUAUAUUUUAUUUCAAACAGAUAGCGGUCAAGGAUAAAGGAAAUGGUGGGGGAAGAAUAUUUAGAGGGAAGAAUAUUUAGAGUUUGCAAAAUUGUUGUAUGGUAAAAAAAAAAAAGAAACAGUAAGAAGACGUUUGGAUCUAAGGUAGCUUGAGGUCAGCCUGGGCAUUUUUUAGCCGCAAACCGCAAACCGAACCGCACCGAACCAAACCGAAUUGUUGGUUUUUUCGGUUUUCGGUUGUCAGUUCGGUUUCUGUUUUUGUGCUAUUCGGUGUACGGCUUCAGCUUCGGUUUUAUAGAGAAACCGAACCGAACAACCGAUUAAACCGACAUAUCCCGCGGCGGCGGUUUUAUAGAGAAACCGAACCGAACAACCGAUUAAACCGACAUAUCCCGCGGCAGCGCAGCCCACGGCCCACCAGUUCGCAGCCCAUCAGGCCAUCAAGGGCAAGGCCAACCCUACGCCACGCCCCCGACUCGUCAGUCGUCACGCCCCCGACUCGUCACUCGGCGCAGCCGCUAGCCCGGCCGCCAGCCGCGCAGGGUGCCGCCGCAGCGCUGCCGCUGCCCUACCUCGCCGUCGCGGGCUCGAGGCGGCACGCCGCACGGCCGCAGCGCCACACUCCCCUCCCCUGAGCAGCAGCUGUAGGCCCCGGCGAGCCGCCCGCGAGCACACCGCCCCCUGCGCCCAAAGACCCAAACCCUAACUCGGCGGCCGGCAAACGGGCUGCUGGCGGCGGGCCGGCAACACCCUCGUGGAGUUCUCCGACCAAGACAACGGCGGCGCGGACCGAGCAGUCCUCCUAUAUGGGGGACACAGAUGAAACUGUUGCUUGUGAGAUUAAUCACACUCAAUCUCAAGACACUAAAACCGGAGUGUCAACUACUGGAGUGGUAGAUGCAAGCAAGGACAAGGAGGAGCAGCAGCAGUCCAAGGAUGAAGAGAAAGCUGAUGAAGAAUCCAGAAAAAGAAAACCAAUGGCUCUAAGAUCUGAUGUAUGGGAAAGUUUCAGCAAGGUCAAACUUGCUAAUGGGGACGAGAGGGCCAAGUGCAAGUGGUGUACCAAGCUAUUUCAUUGCGGCUCAAGAACAAAUGGUACGUCAUCCUUGAAAGCUCAUCUAAAGAUUUGCAAAAAGAAUCCUAACAAACCAGUAGUUGAUAAUCAAGGAACUUUGCAACUGACACCAUGUGAUGGCAAUAGUACUCUUGGUACUGUGACCACUUGGAAAUUUGAUCCAGAUAAACUUAGAAGGUGUUUUGCUGAGAUGAUAAUUGAAGAUGAACAACCAUUUGUCCUAUCUGAGCGUUCUGGUCUUAGGAAAUUUAUGACUUUAGCAUGUCCACGAUUUGUUCUGCCAUCUAGAAGAACAAUCACUAGAGCUUGUGUUAAAGUAUAUGAAGAUGAGAAAGAAAAGCUUAAGAAAUUUUUUAAGGACAAUUGUGUAAGAGUUUGCCUCACAACUGAUACAUGGACUGCUAAGAACAGCCAAAACUUCAUGUGUGUUACAGCCCAUUUCAUUGACAAUGAGUGGAACCUACAGAAGAAAAUUAUUGGUUUUUUUUUGGUUAAGGGACAUAGAGGGGAGGACAUUGGAAAAUCAUUAGAGAACUGCUUGGCUGAGUGGGGCAUUGACAAGGUUUUUACAAUAACAGUAGACAAUGCUAGUGCAAACAAUAAUGCAAUUAAGUAUAUGAGAAGGGUCUUGAAUGAGUCAAAAGGUUGUGUUGCUGAAGGAGAGUACAUUCAUAUGCGCUGUGCUGCUCAUAUUAUCAACCUAAUAGUAGGUGAUGGCUUGAAGGAAAUUGGUACAUCAAUUCAACGUGUCCGUGCUGCUGUUAAGUUUAUCAGAUGUGGAACAUCUAGGUUGGUAAAAUUUAAGAAAUGUGCUGAGUUAGCCAAGGUACAGAGCAAAGCAUUUCUAAACUUAGAUAUUUGCACUAGAUGGAACUCAACCUAUCUUAUGUUAAAUGCUGCAGAGAAGUACCAAAAAGCAUUUGAAAGAUAUAGUGAUGAAGACCCAUACUACAAAUUAGAAUUAGAAGGAGAGAAUGGUCCAGGGGUACCAACAAGAGCAGAUUGGGAGAAGGCUAGGAAGAUGGCUGAUUUUCUUGAACACUUUUAUGACCUCACUCUCCGUGUUUCUGUACAAAGUCGUACAACAUCUCACACUUAUUUCCAUGAGAUUGCUGAUGUAUUACUUCUGUUGAGAGAAUGGUCUCAUAGUGAAGACAAGUUGAGCAAGGAAAUGGGUACAAGAAUGCUAAUGAAGUACUACAAGUAUUGGGGAGAGAAGUAUGGUGAGAGGCAAGGGGACAGAGAGAAGAGAGGAGAGAAAGAUAAGGGGGAUCAACUACUCAACUUCACUGUCUUCUUCUGUGUUGCUAUUGAUCCUAGAUACAAACUAUCAAAUUGCAUUAGAAUGGGAAUUAAGGUGAUGUUUGGGGAUACAGUAGGAGAAAAAGUAUGGGAAACAGUGAAUACCUAUUUUCGUGCUUUGUUUGAAGAGUACAAGGAAAUGUAUACCCCAAAAGAUAAGGCACCACAACCUACUGAAUCUGAAUCUACAGCUGAAACCAGCAAAAGAGUGAGUUGUAGGUGGAUGUCAGUAAUUACUCAGCAACUUAACAGUGAGGGUGGAAGUGGAACUAUCAAAUCUGAGGUAGACAAGUAUCUAUCAGAAGAUAAUGAGCCGGACACACCAAAAUUUGACAUUCUAAAGUGGUGGAAGGCCAAUUCAACAAGAUUCCCAAUAUUAUCUCAUUUGGCCUGUGAUCUUUUGGCAAUUCCUAUCACCUCAGUUGCCUCUGAAUCAGCCUUCAGUGCUGGUGGGCGAACUCUAGAUGACUUUAGGACCUCACUAACCCCAAGAAUGGUUGAGCGUCUUGUUUGUGCUAAUGAUUGGCUUCGUGGAGGAAACUAUGUUAGUGUUGAAGAGGACAGCGAACAAAUGGCUUUGCUUGAGGAAGAACUUGGUGACCUAUCUAUUUCCAAGGAAGAUACUCCAGCUGCAACUCAGUAAUUCAGUCCUGAUCAGUGAUCAUUUGGAGUCUUGGACACUUGGUUUGGUGUAUGCAAUGCUGUUGUUGCCUGUUGGGUGCCUGCUACGGUGCUACCUGGGACUUUAUAUUUCUCUAUUUGAAUAAUGAAGAACUCUUGAAUCUAUGUAACUGUACUCUUGAGACAUGUUGAUUUGUGUACUGUGUGACUACUUUGUGUAAUUCUAUGCAGCUGUGCUGCUGGUUAUUGCUUGCUUAAGGAUUUGAUAUA